UUAAUAAUAUUUUACUGAAAAUUAAUAUUAAAAAAACAUUUAAUAUAGUGAAUUUAGUGAUUUAAAAGUGAAAAAUUAAAUUAAAUACAUAAUGGCUGACGAAGAUUUUGAUGGAGAUGACAACGCAGAAGAGUUCGAGGAUGAGGAGGAUGAUAACUUAGACCUAGAACAGCACGAUGAUGAUGCAGCUGAUGGACAUUUUGAUGUUUUGCCGUCUGGAGAAAGUUCUGCUAGUGUUACCAAGUCUAAACGGAUCACCACGCGAUAUAUGACAAAGUACGAAAGAGCUCGAGUCCUUGGCACCAGAGCCCUCCAAAUAGCCAUGUGCGCUCCAGUAAUGGUUGAAUUAGAAGGCGAGACAGACCCGUUGCAGAUCGCUAUGAAGGAGUUGAAACAAAGAAAAAUUCCAAUUGUUAUCAGACGCUACUUGCCGGAUAACAGCUACGAAGAUUGGGGGAUCGAUGAGUUGAUUAUCAUCGACCAUUAAAUAAUUAAUUAAUUAAUUUUACUUUACCUUGUAAUUCUAUAAUAUAUAUAUUUUGUUAAGUUCUAUGAUAA